GGAACCAAGAAGAACCUCUUCAGUUGAUGGCGGUAAUGCACAUCUAAAAGUUGCUUGUCAACCGCCAUAAAAAAGGACGAAGAAGAAGAACUUCCUGGUAAAAUAUGUCUAUAACCUCUGUGGUCCGCUAUAACAGAAAAGAAGAAGAACAACAACAAUGCCUGUAGCCUCUGUUCUAUUUUAUAGAGCUUCAGUCCAAUACGAAUGCAGGUGAUCUGAUAAAGCUCAUCUUCGAAGCCGAGCGGAUAUGUCGGGGUUCAGCGCAGAACUUAUCGACUACCUGGAAGGUAGAAUAACCUUCGAAGAGUUUGACAGACGGAGAGACGAGCGGAAAGCGGAGGACUCAGAGGAAUUUACAGAAGAUGAAAACAAACCUUCAACCUCGGCACAAACAAAAUCUGCUAUUGAGGACGGAGUCAGCCCAGGAGUACAGCAAGCCUUUGCUUCCAUUCUGGGAGAAACGGCAGCAGCAGCGUCUUCAGAAGAGGAGGACAGCUUGAGCUAUGUUGAUGACAAAGAUGAUAGGGAUUUCAAUGUGGAGGAGGAAGAGGAGGCAAAGGGAGUGACCAAAGAGAGGAAGAGGAGGCUGAGGCAAGGAGGCAAAAGAGGCCUGAAGAGCAAGUUGGAGGAUGAGGAGGAGGAGGAGGACAUGACGGUGGGAGACGUGUUCAAGCUGGAGAUGGAGCUGAACCGAGAAAACAGAAGGUUGAUGAAGGGGCGUCGUCAUGGCAGCAAGCUGCCUCAGGCUCUCAGGGGGCUGAUGGGAGAGGCCAACAUCCGUUACGCUCGGGGGGAGAAAGAGGAUGCCAUCUUGAUGUGCAUGGAGAUCAUAAGACAAUCUCCUCUGGCCUAUGAGCCAUUCUCCACUCUGGCCAUGAUCUAUGAGGACAGUGGAGAUGUGGACAAAGCGCUGCAGUUUGGACUCAUCGCUGCCCACCUCAACCCUUCAGACUGUGAGGAGUGGAUCCGACUGGCCGACAUGUCUCUUGAGCAGGACAACGUCCGACAGGCCAUCAUCUGCUACACCAAAGCCAUCAAGUAUGAUCCCACCAAUGUCCGCUACCUGUGGGAACGCUCCAGUCUCCAGAUGCGCUUGGGGGAGCACAAGCAGUGCAUGGACGGCUACCGCAAGAUCCUGUCUCUGCUGCCUCAGGAGGAUGGGGAGCACUUCAUGCAGUUGUCCAAAGACAUGGCUAAGAGUUACUAUGAGAGCAAUGACCUGCCCUCAGCAUUGAGUGUGAUAGAGGAAGGUCUGGCCCGACACCCUGGCUUGGUCAGCGAUGAUUUCCUCAACAUGGCAGCUGAGCUCUACAUUUGCAACCGCCAGUACAAGAAGACCCUGCAGGUUCUGGUCAAAUUUGCAGACAUUGUGUUGAUUCGAGCAGCGUCUCCAUCAGAAAGCUCAGCUCUGUCUGUGAAGGACAUGGUGACAGAGGAGCAGCAGAAGGAAGGGGAAGAGGGCACAAAGUCAAACACUGCAGAGGACAACGAUGAAAUUCUGGAUGUUCAGGUUCCAGACAGUGUCCCAGUUGAUCUCAGGGCCAAGCUCAUUGUCUGCCUCAUACAGCUAAAUGUUUUCUCACCGUCUGAGGGCUUAGUGUCGACUUUGAUGGAACAGAGUCCAGAGGAGAUCGGGGACCUGUACCUGGACGUGGCUGAAGCUUACUUGGAGCAGGGACGCUACACGUCUGCUCUGCCUUUGCUGUCGGCCCUCGUCGUCUCUGAGAAGUACGACCUAGCUGUGGUCUGGCUGCGGCACGCAGAGUGUCUUAAGGCCCUGGGCCACAUGAAGGCGGCAGCAGAGAGCUACACCAAGGUGGUGGAGAUGGCCCCGCUGCACCUGGAGGCCCGGUUGUCUCUCGCCACGGUGCAGCAGCAGCUGGGGCGGAUGGACUGUGCUCUGAAAGCGUUGGAGUCCAUGUACGAUAGCGACACGCUGGCCCAGGAUUCGUCCGCUGCACAGAAGGAAUUGAAGCUGCUGCUGCAUCGCUCCACACUGCUGAAGACUCAGGGUAAGAUGGAGGAUUAUCUGGACGCUAUGAUCACCAUGAUCUCCAUGCUUCUCAAGGUUGCUAUGCAACGGGCCAAGGUGUGUGUUCGUUCUGUAACUCUAGCAGGACAGAACCACCUGAGACUUGUGAAGAUUGAAGACAUGCUGCCAGAAAUCGCCGACCAUGAAAGUGCCUAUCUGGACAACAUGUGUAAAACCAACGUUUUAUCCAAAGAGGACUGGUGGCAGCUGUUGCUCAGCUGCCUGCUGGGCUUGUGUGACCUGCAGCGUUACGAGGAGGUGGAUCUCCUGGUGGAGUCGGCCAUGGAGUUCUACUCCUUCUAUGACAACAAGCCCAGGAGGAAGGAGCUGGAGUUCUUUGGCCUCUCUGCCACCGUCCUAAACCAAAACUACUAUAAGGCAUACAACUACAUCAGAUUAAUGCUUAUAGAAAAUGUAGAUCUACCUCAGUUUUGGAACAUUUUUCAUCAGCUGACAAUAUCGUCCCAGCACCAGCGCCACCACCGCUUCUGUCUACGGCUGCUGUUAAAGCAUCCUGACAACCAUGCACUGUGUGUUCUGUGCGGACACAACGCCAUGGUGUCUGGAAGCUUCAAGCACGCUCUGGGACAGUACAUUCAGGCUUUAAAGACCCACCCAGAAAACCCACUGCACAGCCUUUAUGUGGGUCUCACCUUUUUCCACAUGGCCUCCCAGAAGUAUGUAGCCAAACGUCAUGCUCUAGUACUGCAGGGAUUUUCCUUCUUGUGGCGAUACGUGGAGCUGCGUGGAGAGUGUCAGGAGAGCUUGUACAAUCUGGGCCGAGCUCUGCACCAGAUGGGCCUUACACAUUUGGCCAUACAUUAUUACCAAAAGGCGCUGUCGCUACCUGCAUGGAAACUGGAUGGAAUCUCAGGAGAUCAGGUUGAUUUGAGGAGAGAGAUUGCUUUUAACUUAUCACUCAUCUAUCAGUCCAGUGGGAACAUGGAGAUGGCCCGGCAGCUCAUCAGAACUCAUUGCACUAUAUGAUGAGGUGCUAUUUCUGUCAAGCACUUUCAAAUGUGGGGAUUUCUGAUUUUACCUGCAGUGAAAAUGUUGAGACAACUUGAAUUAACAACAGUUUUUUUAAAUUCUAAAACAACAGUACGAAGCGCCAAUAUUGUAAAUAAAUUAAAUGUAGUUUAUGUUUAAAGUUGUCAUUCCCAUGGCUACUUUAGAAUGUUCUCUUGUCAUUGAUUGUAACCUGCAGAAGGAUUUUGUGUUUCGGAAUGGUCAAAAUUUGGUUUGUCAUCUCUGAUAUUGAUGCUGAUAUAACAUGUAAAAGAAAAUUUUACUGUGCAAUUUUCACAAAUGUAGGGCCUUGAUGCAACACAAUGUCUGCCGUGUGGUACACUAGUCAACACAUUUUUUUAUUUUUAAAGGUUUUAUUGGCUCUAGUGACCUUUAUUUGAUAGUGAAUUGACAGGAUAAUGAGAGAAUAGGGAAGAGAUGGAUCAAAGGUCACCAGGCCAGGAAUCGAACCUGCAACAACCGUGUCGAGGACUAAGGCCUCCUUAUGUGGGUUGUGUUUAACCCCUGGCACCACAGCACCCACACAAUUUUUUUAAAUGAUUUUUUACAGACCAAACAGUUUGUCUGCUGUACUACCUCAAAGCUGAGUACUGAUACUAUUUAAUGUCAUCUAGAAAAUUGUCACAAGUAGACUUUUGCAGUUUU